AUGACAGAAAGUUUUGUGAUGAGACACCACCUUCAGUGUUUAUGGAACAAAGUUGAAAACGCUCCUGUCAUUGUUAAUACAGAUGUUGUACGGACAGUAUAUAGAUUUAAUCAACCUGCGUGUUCUUUUGGGAAUUGCCAAACGACAUGUAAAUACUUAUCUUCUUGCCUAAAUGGCUUACUCAAAAUAAAUGUACUGAACGAAGAAACAUGUGACAAAACUGAACCAGAGUCUCCUGUUGAAAAUUUACUGACGCAUAGCCGUAAUGGUUUGAAGAAUUAUGGGAGUACGUGUUACUUAAAUGCAUUUUUGCAGCUUUAUUUUCGGUUCAAGGAACUUCGAAAAGCAAUAUAUGAUAUCCCAUCACAAGCUGACGAAACCGGUAUAAUACACCAGCUACAAUUAAUAUUCAGUCAACUUCAGUUAAACAAUUCAGGUAUUGUUGAUCCAGGAGGUUUGAUUGAAGCAUUGCGGUUGUGUGAUACAGAGCAACAAGAUGCUCCUGAGUUCCAUUGUUUAUUUAUGAAUUUAUUAGAAGCACGUUUCCAGCAAGUUGGUGUAUCUGUUAUUGACGACUUGAUUAGAGGAGAAUAUAUUUAUGAAAAUAGCUGUCUGAAAUGCGGUUUCACAUCUCGGUUGCCUUCAAAGUUUUUAGAACUAUCAUUGAAAGUUUCUUCAAAGUCACUUCCAGAUUGUAUACGGGAUUAUUUAAAGGAAGAACAAUUAGUUGGCGAUAAUCAGUAUGCUUGUUCACAGUGUGGUUGUAAACGAGAUGGUAUUAGAAGAGCCUAUAUAACACGUGCUCCACCAUUGUUAUGCAUUCAGUUGCUUAGAUUCACCUACGAUUCAAACACUGGUCAACGUAAAAAGUAUAAAGCUUCUAUUCGUCUGCCUGAUCUUCUUGAGUUGACAAAAGUUGUUGAAAAUCCAAAAAGUAAUAAACAUCUAAAUUGUGAACAUUCUGUGGAAUGUUUGAGUGUAGAUUCAGAUCCAUGUCAUCGUGCAUAUCGUCUCUGUGGUGUACUUUUACAUAUUGGCAACCAACCAACAUCAGGACAUUAUAUAGCUGUUCUUAGAGAUUCUUACAAAAGAAUCAAUUUAUCUGGUGAUAAAAACACAGAAUCAAGUACUGAAGAUGAUCCUCCUUUAAAAUCAAAUGAAUGUUGGAGUGUUUGCAAUGAUAUAGAUGUCUUCAACGUACCGUCAAAUCAAUUUAAAUUAGCAAAAAUUAACGGAUCAGCUAAAUCAUUGCAAAGCUAUCUAGCCACUACUGAAACAUCGGAUUCAUCAAUAAGCCUUACUAAAUCUGAUCAAUCUUCUGAAAAGUGUUCUAGUCGUAGAGCAGCCAAAAAACCUCGUCAUGAUACUUCCUCAAAUGAUCUUAGUUUCACUGACCUUAAUGAAAGUAGAGAUUCUACAACUUCUAAGUGUAUGUCACAGGACGAUUUAUGGCAUAGUUCAACUAAUGCGUAUAUGGUAUUUUAUGAAUCGGUGGAUAAUUGUAAUAUGGAUGAAGAUAUUACAGUUCCUAGUGACUUACGCAAAACAAUUGAAGAAGUAAAUUUAACUGAACAACAAAAGCUUCUAUCUGAACAACAAAAUAAAGUAAAUCGUAAAAAUCAAUUACUUGAAAUACUAUCCAACCUGAAAUUACCUGAUCCUAUCAAUUCAUCACCGAAUAAUAGUACUUCGAUAUCAAUAAAUCCUCUCGAUAAUGUAUCUUUGGUAUCAACAUCGUGGUUAUGUGAUUGCCUUAAUAAUCCGUUGUUAUUGGGAGAUGCAUGCUUAACUGAUGCUCAGAUAAAAUCGCUUUCAAAACUCAGAGACUACAUAUUUCCCUCUUCUUUAUCAAAUCAAUCAUCUUAUACCUUACGCACCUGUUCACAUGGCCAUGCUCCUACAGAUCUUGUUGCAGGUUCAUACAGAGCUGUUUCUAGCGAAGGUCUUAAAAAGCUUAUUGAGAUUCUCUUCCAAAAAUCAUUUGAUGCCAUUCAAUCUGAAGAUGAUAGGUUUAAUCGAUUUCAACCGUGUCGAAAGUGUAUUACACUAAAUAUCGCAUUAUUAAAAGUUGAAAAUGCAAUUAAAGAAUUAUCUAAAGAAUUGGACUAUUUUAUAAAAACUAAUCAUUUGUCUUCCUCAUAUUAUAAACGUCUUCAAAGUGAAAAGACAGACUCAAUUCCUUUGAAUCCUGAACCUGGAUAUUAUUUAAUUGGUAAGAGAUCUCUUCGUCAAUGGAAAACUCUUGCACGUCAUUUCACACGAGCUUUUUACUCUGAUUAUGAUGAUGAUUCUAAGUCACCAACAACUGGCCAUCAUAUACAAACAACAUUUAAUCAUGAUAUUCUUUGUCCUCACGGUCAAAUUUGUACAGAAAAUACACGUUAUUUACCAGCCGUACUUUGGCAUAAAUUAAUCGAUUUAUUUCCUGGGGUAAAGAUUCCUACAUUUCCUAUUUAUAUUCCUUAUGACAAUAACAAUAAUGCAUCUAUCAAUUCCAUUAGUAUAUUCAAUAAAUCAGAGUCAUCUUGUUCUGAAUGUAACGCAGUACAAAAUGACUUGACAAAACGAGCAUUAUGUGAACGUCAAAUGCUUCCUGGCUUAUUCUUGUCAAAUGUUCAACGUAUGCGACUUUUACACUCUACCAGUCAAACAGUAAAUACAGCUGUAAAUAUAAAAGAAGACACUUUAAGCGAAUGCAAAUUUAACUUUGAAGGGGUCAAUAAUUCUAAGUCAGAAAAUUUAAACGGUCAUUCUACAGAUACCGCUAAGAAAUUAAAUAAUUUAAAUACCAAUGUUCUUUACUUGAUUCCAAUGAAUUUUAUUAUACAAUGGAGAAAAUUUAUUCGAAAUCCAACAACAGAUAAUUUACCUAGUUCGCUAUUAUCUGGCUUUAACUCAGAUGGCGUGCUUUGUGAACAUGGCCAAAUGCUAAAAACAUGGCAUGCUCUUAUAAAUGAGUCAAUAUUGUGUCCCUUAACUUUUUAUGAAUGGGAUGUCUUGUCUCACGCAUAUCCCCAUCGUUUUAAGGAAAACGAAAUACCUUUGGAUCAUGAUGGACCGGAGACAAAAAUAACUUUCUAUCCACCGAUGUAUUUACUUCCACAGAAUGAUUCUGAACUGAAGUGGAGAUUGGAACCAUCAUCUUAUGGUAGUUUAUGCCCAAAAUGUCAACCUGAGAUAAUCAGUGAUCAGAUUUUUAAUAAUGCUAGAAUCCGUAUACGUCUGGUAUCUGGAUUCGAUGAAGCAUUAAGUAGUUGCGUCCAGUCAAAACUCACCUCUGUUCAGGAAUCCUUGAAUUGUGUGCCACAGGAUUUUCAAACUGACACAGAAAUUUGUGCUCAACCAACAACUGACAUCAUAAUUCCGAACAAUUCUGAUCAGGAAAUGGAUAAUGUGAGAGAAAUAAAAGAUUAUUUCAAUAAACGAUGUAAUAAUUUAGAAUUAUCCAAUUCUGUUAGCAAAGAUAUCACUCCACGUCUUUCAUCAGAUAAUGAAACUAGUGUAAUAGACCAAUUACCUCCAUCAUCUAAUCAUCAGCAUCAACAUGUGCUUUAUGAUAAUACAAAUAGUCAAUUAUCUAAUCAACAUUUAGAGUCUUCAUCUACAAAUUAUAUUAGACGUUCUUCACGUCAACGUUUUAAUCCUAAAGAUUUAUUGAUCAAAGUGAACAGCAGUGAUACUCUUCUUAAUGUGAAAGUACAAAUUAUGCAAAACUUAGGUGUUAUCCCUUCCGAUCAACAUAUUAUGUCAAAUGGUCUAGAACUUACUGACCAUACGAAAACAUUACAAGAGUUAAGUAUUUGUCCCAAGACUAUUCUCUAUUUAUGGUCAGAUGAUCCAACAUGGAAUCCUAAUCGAACAAGUUUUGAUAAUGGUACAUUCAAGUUAACGACACAAAAGUUGAAAUCAAAUAGUCCAUGUAAAUCAAACUCUGAAUCAAUUCAUACAGAAUCAGGAUUCAAAGGAACCCGACUGCUUGAAUUUUAA